CCAACAUUGAUCUCCCCCGCUACGCUACCUUCUUGAACGAAGAUGAAAGAUUCAUUAAGCUAUAGAAUAUCAGGUCAAUUGUAGAGUGAACAGCUGCGCCCGUCCGAACUUAUGAAUGCUGUCGAGUAUCAAGGCAUAUACACCUCAGUGGAUUGCUGGCAGUGACUUACAGCUUUAUGAGCAAGGUUUCGCUUCUUAAAGCUUGCACCUCCAAUACCUUCGCGCGUUUUUCUCUCAGCAUUCAAUGUCCGACACUCCUCCUGUCCGCGGGGGCCGCCCUGUGUUACGACAUAGCUCUCUCUCCGGUGGAUCCUUUAUACAGGAUCAUCAGCAGUAUAAACCCUCUUCGCACAAGCCCCCAACUAUACGGAGCAUCCUCCGGGGUCCUCAUGAGACCCUCACCUCCCCGAUGCCCCUCACUGGCUACCCCGCCAAUGAGCAGAGUGGCUCGAUCAAGGAAAGCGGAAUUGUGCACAGCAUCUUCAACGAGUCAUUAAGCUCUCUCCCUCCAAAUACUCCUAAAACCGUUGCUACGAUCUUUUACAAGGCGGCGUCCGAUCCAGUUCAUCCUCAUAUCCAUCCCGAUUCAUCCUCCUCUCAAACCAAACCCUCAGACCAGCUCCCCGUUCCAACCGUUGCGCCAGGUUCGGCUCCCACAUUAGACGUUGAACAGCUUCCUCGAGAACCACCAGCCCUUGAACCAGAGCCGUUAGAUCAUCUAUACGGCCCAUAUGUCUCGCAACUAUGUCUGACAAAUUUCUUGCAAGUGAUGGAGGACAUGCCCACUCCCUACCAGCGGAUGAGCAGCUCGCAUCGCUGUUUGGAUAAAGAGGAUCAGCCGCGAGUGGUAGAAGUGACAAUCUGCCCUCCUCCAAACCCGGAGUACCUAUCCUUCGAGGAUAUGCGGAAACACGAGAAUAUAUGGCGAUUUGAGCGGGAAUGGAAUGUGGAAGUUGUCAUGCAGAAGGAAAGCGUGUUUCGAAGACAUAAGCGGUUAGCUGUCUUUGACAUGGACAGUACCCUGAUCGAACAGGAAGUCAUUGAUGAAAUUGCCCGGUUCAUUGGCGUGGAGAAGGAGGUUUCGGAAAUAACUGCUCGUGCGAUGAACGGCGAACUUGACUUCUCAGCCUCCUUGGAAGCGCGCGUGAGACUCCUAAAGGGCGUGCCUGCAGACGUCUUCGAAAAACUCAAGUCCAUCAUUACCAUCGCACCCGGUGCCCGUGAACUCUGCGGCGCCCUGAAAACUCUCGGAUACAAACUGGCAGUUCUGAGCGGCGGUUUCCAACCCCUCGCAGAAUGGCUGGCUGGUGAAUUGGGGCUAGACUACGCCUUUGCCAAUCACCUCGAAAUCGACGCUACUACACAAACCCUCACCGGCAAGCUCGUGCCAGAUUACCCAAUCGUUGACGCCGCGCGAAAGCGGCACUUGCUCCGCACUCUCGCUGCUGACAAUGGCAUUUCUAUCGCGCAAACACUGGCCGUUGGCGAUGGCGCGAAUGACCUCCUUAUGCUGAAAGAGGCUUGGUUGGGCGUUGCGUGGAGGGCGAAGAGCAACGUGCAACUGGAAGCGCCGACUAGACUUAAUGGGACUUCGUUGGUGGAUGUUUUGUAUUUGCUUGGGUUGCGGGAAGAGGAGAUCAACGAACUGAUUGAGGCUGGGAAAGCGGAAAAGAGAGAGGUAGCUUAAUUUAACGAAGGCUUUCAAAACACCUGUAUUUUGGAUCUAACCUCAACCGACAUAUAUAAAGGGUAAGGGUGACUGACGCUGUGUUCAUAUGCCUCCGUGGAUCCGGUUGGACCCAUUACGUUCUUUGUAGAUUUUUGGAUAUUACUUGCAUAUACUUUUACAAUGGCCCAUAUGAGCAUAUAGUGUACAUGUCAAUAUAUUAAUAGAUUUUGGGAAUUUUGAGCAUCGGUCAUAUGCGGGCGAAUCUUGCGCCACGGGCUCUGGAUUUUCCAGGGCGCUUUGGAAGCAUUCUCAUGUUUCUCAUACUUUGAAGUCUUCACUUCACGCCCCGCAGUAUAUAUAACCGGAUUAUCUUGUCACCAGUCUCGCCAUGCGAAAUAUUCCCUUCCUGUAUUCCUAGGUAAUGUCGGGUUCUAGAUAUUGAUACCACUUAAGGAGGAUGUUUGCGGAUGGGGGUGAGGAAAAUCACACACGCUUUUAAAAUCUAGCAACCAGUCAAGAACGAAAUGGGCUUGGUUGAUUCCCCGGUUAACUUUCUGAGUGAGAUUUGUUGAAAUCUCAUGCCGUUCCCAAGACAUGUUAUACAUCUAAACAGAAAACAAAAAAAUUGACAGGUCGUGGUCUGUAUGAAACUAGAGGGGAAAAUACCAAAACGCCAAAGACCAAGAAGCAACCCCAUC